AUGAGUGACGACAUGGACGAAGACUACGAGGCUAUCAUGAGCUCGACGUCACAACAGUCUUACACAACCUGGGCAGUCAUUAAGGGCACCUUGAUUGAUCCACGUGAAACAGGAACCAAGGAACAGGCAAUCGCCCAUAUAGAUGCAAUCUACGAGUCCGGUACCCCCUUUUUUACCAAGCGCGCAAUCCGUGCGCUCUGGGACCAGCUUAAGACUCAAACUGACCCCGGAGAUAAAAUUAUCACGAGAGACCUGACCGGUGCCAGAAUUGCAUGGACAGUAAAACUUGGAAAGUCUAUCAACCUCAUAUUCGGCGAGGACCAGGAGAAAGAAUAUUUUCGCCCAAAGUUGAUGCUUCGGAUGCGUUUUCAAUGCAAUUUGCAGCUAACACCACCCAGCAAAGAGUCCGGGGUAGGGUACAGAUCCAGAGCGUCCCUUAAAAGCUCGUUACACUGGUUUGGUGCUGAGGACUCGGCUUACGAGCCCCUGUGUUUGAUGUACCGGAUACUCCAAAUUGACCCCAGUAGUGAGGCUAAGAGUAUUAUUCCUGAUGAGGAGAUACCAGACCGUGACAUGGUGGCCAAGGAUUUUAGAGAGAAGAGACUGGUGUGGGAAGAAAGUGAGGCGUGCCAGCGCCUUAAAUUGAUUUUGGCUUCAGAGGUCAGCAGCCACGAUAUCAAUAAGAUCGUUGGGCUAGCUUGUGGUAGCCUUGCCUUACCAAAUAACGAAAAAGCUGCGGAACAAACUGCGUUACUAUGCACUGUGAGGGAGUGGCUGAAAGAACGAGACCAGACCGAUGGUAUCUCCUCUUAUAUCCAGGACCCAAUGAACACCUCUGUGGACCGGGAAGUUCUCGCAGAUAUCGGGUUCGAGAUGAUUGACGAUCCACGCGGCUGGCUUGAGAUCGACGAGCGAUCAGUCGUGCUUUCGGUGGCCCCAAAUGUACCUGUCAAGGAAAUCAUUGCGGACACCGCUAGGCCCGCCGUUGUAAUAUGGAAUCGGGUUGAAAAUGAUGAUAAGGACUCGACUGACCCAGACUCGCCCCGCGUUCGGAAAAUGAUGACAGGUUAUAAGUUGCUAGAAUUUGGAGACGAAGAGACAUGGUCGAAUGUGGUAAUCUACACUCGGAUAUCCAAGGUGCCCCCAAUUCCCCGAGAAGAUGGUACAUUCCAGGACUCGCCCCUUGAUGAUGAAUAA